UUCCUUUUCCAAUUCAACCAGACGGAGAGACAGACUUCAUCUCUAAAACCAAACCAGUUUGGGAGGAUGCAGAAAUCAUUGAGAACUCUGUCUAAAAUCCUUAAAAAUACCAACUCAUUACAAGAAUGUCGUUUAGGUCCUCCUCCUCCUUCUCCUUCUCCUAGGCUCAAAACCACCACAAGAAGAGACUUAUUCAAUUCUUCUUCCUCUUCAUUUACUAAACCCCCACCUCCCUCUUCAAUUAAAACCUACUUCUUCUCUUCGACUCCAUCAAAAUCAAACCCAGUCUCACAUACCUUUUGGAAAUCUCAAACCAGAAAUUUCAUUAAUCGUGGAAUUCUUUUUGCAAAAACUAGUAAUUUUUCUAAGAAUACAAUUAGUUUUGGAUCAAAACAAGGUUACUUCACCUUGAGUCGUCCCUCUAGGAACUCAUGGUUUCCAUCAGCAAAAGGUGUUCUUUGGGGGUUAAUCGGGGCUAAUGUUGCUGUCUUUAUGUUGUGGAGGGUUGCUGAUCGUUCAUUCAUGAAAGAGAACUUUAUGAUUUCAGUGGAUAACUUCAAAAGUGGACGUGUACAUACAAUGAUUACUUCUGCGUUCAGUCAAAUAGAUAUUGAACAUCUUUUCAGUAACAUGCUUGGCCUUUACUUCUUCGGGCAAUCGAUUGGACAGAUAUACGGACCACAGUUCCUGUUGAAGUUGUAUCUAGCUGGGGCAAUUGGCGGCUCGAUAUUCUACUUGGUACAUCAUGCUUUCAUGCACCCAUCGAGAAAGAGCUCCAGUUCGUUUUUUGUAGAUCCUUCGUCAAUCCCUGCAUUGGGUGCAAGUGGUGCUGUGAAUGCUAUUGUACUGCUUGAAAUAUUUCUUUUUCCAAAAGCUACACUCUAUUUCAAUUUCUUCAUACCAGUCCCAGCAAUUUUAUUGCUGAGGAGCUAUGAUAAUUGGAAAAGAUUUAUACAGGAUGCAACAGGAAGACGGUCAUAUCUCUGGAGAAGCUCACUUGGGAGGUGCUACGGUUGCUGCCAUUGCGUGGGCAGGGAUCAAAAGAGGAUGGUGGGUUUGAGUCCAUUAGCAGUAUAAAGUCAAUGAGAGAUAGGUUUCAUCCUAGGAGGGGAGUAAGUUUUUUUUAAUGUAGUCCCCAGGUUUCUGGUAAAUAUGGUAGUCCAUUAGCAGUAUAUAUCUGCACACUUCAUUAACUGCUUCACCUUAUAAACAAGAAAAAGAUUUCAGUGGAAUCAGCAUAAUGCUU